AGUGCCUCGGGUUCGGCCACAUUGUUUAGCGAAUGCGCCAAAUGCGGGGGGCAGGUGAAAAAGCUUAGCGAAAUAUAUUUUCUGUCUUGGUGAAAUUCAGUUGAUUGCAUUGUGUAGUAUGGUCAGUUAUUUUAGAGAGUGAACUGUGUUGCCUGAGAAAGGAACACGGAAGGAUUGAGACGCGAAGAUUGCUUCGAUUUCUGGCAAAAUGGUGCAUCCCUUAUUUUCGUCCUAAAUACAAAUCGGUGGGGUUGGAGAACAAGGCACCUGUUCAUCUAUCCUGGCUGUUGAGAAACAGCAUGGCACAUGGGUGGAACAAUACAAAAUUGUCACAGAAUGAAGGGUUCAUGAAUUUGCUUGCAAGUCCAGAUGAGAACUUAACAUUACAAACAGAGAGCCUAACUCAGGAAAAGAAUCUUUCUGACAACUCUGUCAACGAAGCAGUAAUCUCUUCUCAUUCAGAGACUUGUACAGCAACCAACUCUCUGCAGCAACCAAAGUGUCAUGACUCGGAGGGAAAGAGCGAGGGUGUUUCCCUUUCUCUUGACCCGCAGUUGGAAAGCUGCAGUGGACAUUUGGAAGGCAAAAGCUGCACUACUUCAGAUAUCACAGUUGGUGAACUCAAUUGUUUGAUUCCACACCAUCAAGUAUUUGGAGGAUGUGUGAAUGCUCAAGACAAAACAGAUCUUUUGGACCAAUACUCGGAUGUAAGCAGUUGCUCAGAACUUGAUAGUGGAGCAUUGGCAGAGUUUGAUCCUGAAAAUAACUGUGAGCCUGAAAGAACUCAAAUCGAAUGCAGCUUCAGCCCUUUCAAAACAUCCAGCUCUUCUGAUGUAGCAGGCUUCUUAGAAUGGACUUCUGAAAAUGAAAAUGUUUGCGGUGGCAAUGAUCUCAGUGAUGCAAGUGUUACUGCUUCAGAUUUGAGUAGUUAUAUCCAUGGACCCCAUAAGGACAAGGAACAGGGAAACCAUGCCCUUAUGAACCACAAUGAUGAAGUUUCAAAUAUCAGCAGCCCCCCAGGGGCUAUAUGUGACACAUCUCUGUUAAGAGAGACUAAGGAAAGUCAAAAUCUGGAGUGUACCCUACUAAGUUAUCCUGAUGGUCAUGUUAAUAAAUUCAACUGCUUAUUGAUUUCAGCUAAAGAUUCUGGAUCUGUAGAUGGGGCAAAAAUGAGGAACAUUAUACCACCAAAAGCUGACACAGCUAACUGUGAAACAAAUACCAGCAGUCAAGUGCUAGAAUCUUGCUUUGACUUCUCAGAAACUUUCAAUUUGAAAAGCUCCCCACAGGAUCCCUUUCACACUGAUUCUGUGAAAGUGAAUAAAGAUGAUGUGUUAGGGGUGAUAAAAGGUGGAGAGGGACCUGGAAGAAGCUUUGAGUUUCUGGAACAUUGCUUAGGCUUGAGCAGUCACACUGUGGUGGCUGACCAAAAGCUCAGCCCUGCGAAAGAAAACCUGAAUGGAAUUACAGAAACCAUCUCGGACACAGCCACUGGAGGAAAAACAGUACUCGCGAUGCAGGACAGUGCACCACUCCCCCUGCCACAACUGGAUUUGGGACAAGUUGCUACAGAUCAGAAUACUGAACAAACACUUUCACUUUUCUCUCAGCAUGGGGAAGACGGUUUACAUGCACAAACAUCGGAUGACCCUUCUGCCUCAGUUUUUGAACAGGUGAAAUGUAUAGGUGCAACUGCGGUGAGUUUUUCUUGUGACAGUUUCAACAACCACUUUACCCAGGAAACUGAACAAAUGGCAGAGCACGAGCUUGCUCAUCAUGAUUUAAAACAACUCCUACAUCCUGUUGUCCUGUUGAAAUGCUCAAGACAAAAUAUUACCGAGGAAAAUGGGUAUCGUUGUUCAAAAUGCCAAGAACCAGCCUCGAGUUUGUCACAGCUCAUUAAGCACCACCAUAUUACUCACUCCGCGUCUAAUUUCCAUUUCUGCAAGAUCUGUGGUUGCUAUUUCACCAAUGAAAAACUUGCUAAGCAACAUCUGUGUAACGGGCAGGUUGUAAAGCCCGCGAAAAAACAAAGUUUUCGUAAAUCAUACAGCUGUCAGUACUGUAACCUGACAUUUCACAGAUUAUAUGAAUACCACAAACAUGAGCGUAUACAUACCGGCAUUACCCCAUUUAAGUGUGAUAAAUGUGGCUUCUACUUCUCUCAAUCUGCGAGCCUCAGCCGCCACAAGCGAUUGGGCCGAUGUCGAGUUCCAGUUUCCCAAGAUUCUCCUGAAAAAUCAAGUGGCCAGAUGUCACAGCGUUCUUUGAAGGGACAAGAGCUGUCCUCCAGCAGCAUGUCAGCUCAGCUACCACGUUGUUUUGUGAAGCUAGUGGAUUUUCGCAAGGAAAAACUGAAAUCUGAAAAACAUAAGGCUUGUGACAAGGGUUUUCAGCUUGGAGAACCUGGUUCACACCACGGUUCAGGCUCUGAUGAAAGGAGAUUUAAGUGUCAUAAUUGCAAGAAGGCCUUCAGACACAGUAGCAAUCUUUGUAGACAUAAAAAGCAGUGCAGAAUGGGCAGUGCCAGGCAUCAGACUACAUUUAUAAAACACUUUAAAAAUUGUGUUGGGCAAUACAAGUGCCCACUUUGUCCACGUGUCUUUAAAUAUUCCUAUAACCGUUUUCGUCACAUGCGGGUGCAGUGUCUUAAGGACUUUUCACAGCAAGGCAAAGGUAAAAGCACCAUUGUGUACAAAUGUGCUUUAUGUACUAGAACAUUUGCUAAUUCCUCUAAUCGUAACAGACACAUAAGAAUGGUUUGCAUGAAAGAAUUUAUGCGCCGAGAGCAUUUGAAAUUAAAAAGGGAUUUUCAGGAUCAGAGGGAAAGUCUGCAGUACCAGCUACCCGCACACCCUCAGCAAAGUGAUGGACUGCACCAUAAGUGCAAUCUUUGCCCUGCAGUUUUUGCUCAUUCAUCUGGGAAAUAUAAACACAUGACAAAACACAAGUUGUUUGAGAAGACUGGAAAACCAUUCAGGUAUCGGAAUUCUGUGCCUGUUUCACUGAACCCAGAAAUUGAGGACAGUGUAAUAAUUGAAGAUAAAAGUGAUGACACUGGCAACUUGCACUUCUCUUGUAAUUACUGUGGAAAGAAUUUCAGCUCUGCUUCUUCUCUUAAAAAACACACAAAACUGCAUAAAGGUGAAAGGCCUUAUCGCUGCUUGGAAUGUGGCAAUCGCUUUCUGCGACACUCGCACCUUAUUGCUCACAAAAAAGUCCAUCAGAGAAGGAUACAGUGCACUGUUUGCAAGAAGAUUGUUCCCACUAUUGGUGAGCUAAUAAAACACAGAAAAACCCACAUUAAUAAGGGAAUGCUGCAGUGCCCUGACUGCCCAUUGCAAUUUAAAUACCCUGCUUUUCUUCUUCGGCACCUGUCUAAACAUAACUGUGUGCAGCAAAAUCCACUGAAGGAAGACGAUAGCUCCCCACAACAGAAAGAACUGCAGCAAGAAGACAGCUGCGAAGAGUUUAAAUGCUGCCUUUGUCAGGAGAUUUUUGAUAGUGCCAAGACACUGAAUCAGCACUGUUUAUCACAUAUGCCGGCACAUUCUACAAAGCAGUGUCCUUUCUGUAAACGACAUUUCUCUAAUCGUCCUGGCUUAGUCCGGCACAUUCGGUUACAUACAGGAGAAAAGCCGUAUCGCUGUCAUGGAUGCGGGAAGUGCUUUUCACGGAAUGAACCCCUUAAAACCCACCAAGAGAAAUGUACAGGUGAGAUAAAUAAACAGCAAAUCAACCCAACACCAGAGGCUGAGAAAAAAUAUAGCUGCAAAUAUUGCCCACAAACAUUUGUCUGGCCCUGCAGCUUAUCGAAACAUCAGAAAAACCAUAUCUUGAAAGUGCUUUUUCCUUGCUCCAAAUGUGGCAAAUGUUACAAAAAACUCAGGCUAAUGUCACAUGAGAAAAUCUGUGAUCCCUCUGCUCCCAAAUACCCAGACACCUCUACAACUACUCUGCUUACAUGCGCAAAAUGCGGGCAAACAUUUUACCGAAAAUCAAACCAGAUUGUCCAUGAGAGGAAAUGUACUGGGGCCAGGUCUGUCUUAGCAGGAAAUGUAGUGCUAAAGAACUCAAAAUGUUUCAGCAGCAAGAGUAUGGACAAACUAAAAUACCGGUGUCUUCACUGUCCCAAAGCCUUCAGGUACAGAUGUUACCUUCUGAGACACCUUGUUGUUCAUGCAAGAGACAAGCAGUACUCAUGCAUGCAUUGUGGUCAUAGAUACGCGAGUCACAGCCGUUACCUUCAUCAUGAAGCUUUUUGUGAUGGCGUUUAUAGGGGAUCAAUAGAUAUGAUUGAUGUUAAAAGAGAGGAAACAUCACUAGAGACUAUUUCAAAAAAGAAAACUAUACAUGUAACCAAAGGAGAGGAUGAAGAAGAAUACAAGUGCAAGUUCUGCAAUAAGACUUUUAUGCGAGCUAGAAACUUGAGGCGUCAUAUUUUGACUCACACUGGUGUUAAGCCAUACCGUUGCAAGACCUGUGAGAGUGGUUUUUCUCGAUAUGAUCAUCUAAAAGUCCAUCAGAAUCACUGCAAGGGCAAGAAACGAAAGCUGGAAGUACGCAUUGUCAAAAUUAGCCUAGAAGACCUUAAGGAAGGUUGGAAGAAAAUUGUAGAGAAACCACAAGAGAUGCAAAUGUUUGAGUGUAAUAGCUGUAGUAAACGUUUCACAACUCGCACCAAUUUGGCUCGCCAUGUAGCCUUGCUGCAUACCACAAUAAAACCUUUCUGCUGUAACCACUGUAGCACUUAUUUCUCUCAUCUAUCUUCAUUGAAGAAACAUAAUUUAAAGUGCAAGGAGAAAAUGUUCUCAGUCUUUUCAAAAGCAAGCUCUGAGGAAAGUAACAGCUCAAAUUCUAUGCAAGACGCUAACAUUACUCAGCCAUGCCACGAAACAUCUGAGAUCGUAAUGAAGAUUCAAAGACAAUAUUCAGACAACCGGAAGUUCUUCUGCACCUAUUGUCCUCGUCGCUUUAAAAAUCAAGAUCAGCUAAAGGUUCAUACCCGCCUGCACACAGGCGAAAAGCCUUUUGGCUGCGCUAGUUGCGGUGAACGUUUCAUUCGUCGUGACUAUUUGCAGCGCCACUUGAUAAAGUGCAGUUUUGGAGCUGAAAGGAUAGAGCGUUUGUUGUGUGAUAUGUGUGGUGAAUUAUUCUCCUCUCAAGAUCAGCUCCGAAACCACCUUAAAAAUUGUGCGGUCAGCCCGAAAUCAUCGGAAAGUCACCCCACUGCAUGUUCCACCACAUCUUCGAAAAUCAAAGGUUUUUCAUGUACUAAUUGCAGUCAACGCUUCUUGUUGUUCUCACAGCUCCAGCAGCAUUUUCUCACCAUGCACAGGGAAGACACUUCUCCCCAGUUAUUAAAUUCCUCAUCCUCAUUAAAGCAGCAGAUAUCUAGCUCAGUAAAUGUCAAAGAAGAGCCAGCUGAUGAAGGGUAUGGGGAAGAUCGGUUAAACAGCUGUGCAUUAUUUGCUAAUAAAUUGCCUAUCCAUGAACUUGGUGAUAAGAAAUCCUAUGUUUGCCCGCACUGCAAUGUCCAGUUUCGGAAUGCCAGUGGUCUUGGAAUGCACCUGCGUAUCCAUUCUGGCCAGUUCUCAUUUUCUUGUAUAAAAUGCAAAAGGGGCUUCUGGAGCAAGAGCUCCCUGAGAAAACACCACAGAAUGUGUCAUAAACUUCAAAUAGUGGCCAAAGAAGAGCCACACACAGAGACAACUGUUCCUUUUCUUGUGAGUUCUAAAGGGACAAAUACUGUUUUGGUUUUUAACAGUGGUUCAAAAGCUACGGGGACUGGGGUUCUGCAAACUGAAUUUUCUUGCAAAGAAGGCAAUAAAGAUAGUCAACCCCAUUCAUCUGAUGUUCAAGAGAAACAGAAGAUAUUUAGCAAAAAAGAUGGCACAACUCACAAAUACCAAUGCCCAGAAUGUGGUCAGAGCUUCACAGAUGGACUCUUACUUAUCAGCCAUUUAGAAGAACAUAAUCGCCAGAAGCAAGAGGAGAAACAAGGUCAUUGUUGCAGAGUCUGUGAUAAGGUUUUUACUCACCCAGCUGUAUUGCACAGACAUUUGAAAAUGCAACACAAAAUGAAGCCAUAUGCAUGUCCAGAAUGCCCCAAAUCUUUCCGUUACCCUUCAGACUUGGAUGUUCACAGAUACUGUCAUGAUCCCAACCGACCAUUUAUUUGCAGUGCAUGUGGGCUACGCUUUUGGUCAGACAAGUCUUUAAAAACACACUCGUCUGCUGUACACCAAAAGCCAUUGAAGUCAGUGGGAAUGUAUACCUGCCGUAAGUGUGACAAGACCUUUCCUGACAGACGUUCUUACCAAAAACAUUGGAAACGGAAGCAUUACAAGGCAGGAAUGGGUUUUGCGCAUGAGCCAAAACGGAGGCUUGUCUCAAAUAAAGAAGUGAAUAUUGAAGUGAAUAUUGGAGAAGCUGAAAUACACAGUGGUGGUGAUGAUGAUAGUGAUGACUCUGACUCUGCACCAUACUUCCCUUGUCAUGUCUGUGGUAAAUCCUUCACCACAUCAGAAAGUCUGGAAGAUCAUCAGCGCUGCCAUCUUGGUGAGAAGCCUCAUGAGUGUGGGGAAUGUGGCAAGUGCUUUUUUCAACUUGCUCAUUUGCAACACCAUCAGCGCAGCCACAAGUCUGAGUUUCAGUGCCAAACCUGUGGCCGUGGCUUUGUUUCGCUCUUUGCUUUACGUAAGCAUAAGCAUAGUCAUGGAAAAAGUCGUCCGUACCGUUGCCCCAGAUGCCAACUGAGCUUCACAGGGCCAGCACAGUUGGCAGAACACAUGGCUACACACCGUGAUGACAACUUUCCUUGUGAUCUCUGUGAUCGAACUUUCUCUUGCAGACUUAGCCGUGCCCAGCAUCGAAUGACUCAUACAGAGCCAGAAGAAAGCCUGCCUCCUUUACUUCCACCAGCAGAUACUGCUAAUGCUCUUUCAUCUACAUUAAUACCUUUUGAUGCGGAUCAGCUGAAAUAUCGCUGUGGUAUUUGUAACAAGCGGUUUCGGGAUACAGAACAGCUCUCAGAACAUGGUUGCUAUGCAGGCAGAGAGCGUCCUUAUUCUUGUACUGAAUGCAACCAGCAUUUCCUUCAAGGUUCUCACCUUAAAAAGCAUCAGCUUAGUCACCCACUUUCAAAAGCAUAUAGCCACCAGUGUCAUCUAUGUCACAUGUCCUUUAGCUACCGUCACCAAUAUUUAAACCAUUUAAAGGGUCAUGGUGUCCAAGAGUCUGAGGACAGUCCCAGCAAGAAGAGCACAACAGGUUAUACUAUGAGUAACUGUGAAAAUCUGCACCAGUCUCCAGUUGGUCUACAUAGUUUCCCCCAUCCUGUGGAAUUGGCUAACCCCCUGUCUGAACAUGCUGAGAACAUUUUUCCUUGUGAAACGUGUGGGGAGACAUUUGCAAGCGAAAGCAACCUUCUGGAUCACGAGCAAUGCCAUCUAACAACCUCAACACAGUAUGAAUGUACUGAGUGUGGUAAUAGUUUUCUUGGCAGUAAUGCCUUUCGCCAGCACUUUUGUGCUCGCCAGAAACGUACAACUGCAAGCACUGACCAUUUAAUGCCCUCUUCUGCUCUUCACAUGACGAAGGGUCUGACAGCUCCAACAGUUUCAUUAACACACCCUAUUGAAGAUGAAGAGGUGGAAGUGGAUGUAGGUGAAGACUUCUACAACUGUCCAGUCUGUGACAAACGCUUUCCUUCUAAACUAAGUCUUGAACAACAUCAACAACAACAUGUCACUGACCAUCGUUUUAAGUGCCUUGUUUGUGGCAAGUUCUUUGCAAAAAAGAGGUACCUCAAGAAGCACGAACUAAUUCAUCAACGAGUAUACCAGUGCAGAAUUUGUCCUCGGACAUUUGACAGCGCUAAGAGCUGUGUUGUCCACCAAGAUCGACAUAACGAAACCCGACGAUACCAGUGUCCAGUGUGCCUAAAAAAUUUUGUCACACUUCAUGAUCUGUCACAUCACAAAAAAACACACGAAAGACUGGAUGAAAUUGGUGGAGACUUCCAUUGCGACAUGUGCUGCAAAUCUUUCAGCCAGCUGUCGCUAUUGCGGCAGCACCAGGAAACACAUGUGGGGCAGGUAGUUUAUGAGUGCACAGAGUGUGACAAGGCCUUUGCUUUUUUCCACCUCCUGGAGCAGCAUCAGAGCACUCAUUCUGUUAUAACUCCCUCCUCUGUAUCCAGUCCAGGCUCUGAUUUAUCGGUCUCAUUCACUGAUUAAGCAUUUCUUCUGAACUUGAAAGCAUAUUAAUGUCAUUGUCUGUUCUGUUAAUUUUUACGGGAUAGGUUAUGUAGACCCUGAACACUUUUUAAUAUGCUGUGAUGUAAAAAAUUUAGAAGUACAGAGAUCUUGUGGUUCCAUUGUUUUAUUGUAUUUGUGAGUUUGUUCUUAUAUUUUACCCACAAAUAAUUUGUGGUGUUGUAGUGAAUUUUCAAAUUUCUACUAAACUUUGUCAUCUACAAUUGCUGGCAACUGAUUCAAAUGAGGUAUAUUUAAAGCUCUCCCUCAGAGUUAACACUAUAGGACCACAGCAGUUAGCACCAAACUAAUCUAUAAAUGGUAUUGUACUGAAAAAGGAUGUCUUUUCUGUAAAUAAAAUUUGUGCAUGUGUAUAUUUGGAAUUUUGCUAUUGUUACUGGAAUGGUGUAUGUCUACAAAGUUGCAAGUAAAGGUUGGUUGCUAAAAAAUUACAGUGCCAUUUGAAUGCAAUAAGAUGGAAAACUAAAAAUCUGGUUUUAUUCACUUGCAACUCUGGUUUCUAAAUUCCAGUUUCAACAGUUUGAAGAUAGGUUUUUCAGUGUUUUCAAGUGGACAUACCUCCAUUUUAAAAAGAUUUUCUAAGCACCUUCAGCUGGGCCUUGAAGAUUCAAAACAUUCAAUAGUAUCAAAUGUGUUACAUGUUAAGAAUAUAUAAUGUUAAAUUUUAUGCAGUAUUUCUUGUAAAAAUAACGGACCUGUUAUUUCCAUAGUUUUUGUUGGAGCGAUAUAAAAACUUGAUCCUCAUCUGUGAGAGCUGGGUUAUUUCUUCUUUAUCAUCCAGCUGAAAUAGGGAUAAAAUUGUGUCCAGUAUUUGCAUUUACGGUCUAUAUAUAUGCAUAUGUGUACAUGAUGAUUUUAAUUUUGUAUGAAAGGUAUUAUAUAUAUUGUAUGUUAAACAU